AUGGCUUUCUUUUGGGAACUUUAUGAGAAAUCUACAGCGGGAGAGUUUACCGCUUUUCGAAAAGCUCAGUGUAAAGCCAAACCACUAACUGAUGACACUAACACCAAAAUGAUCCCAUUCGGAUCCCCAAAAUUCUAUGCUGUUUGCGGUCUCGGAGGUUCAUUGGCAUGCGGAUCCACUCAUUUGUUCAUAACACCUUUGGAUAUUGUCAAGUGUCGUCUUCAAGUGAAUCCGGAGAAAUAUGGGGGAAUUGUACGAGGAUUUAAAAUCAGCGUAGCUGAAGAUGGAUUGCGAGGAUUGGUGAAGGGAUGGGUUCCGACCACUAUUGGAUAUUCCGCACAAGGAUUUGGAAAGUUCGGUUAUUACGAAAUUUUCAAAGUGCUCUAUGGUGGCAUGUUCAGCGAAGAAAAUGCGUACUUGUAUCGUUCAUGGAUUUAUCUGGCAGCUGCAUCCUCUGCUGAAUUCUUUGCCGAUCUCUUCCUUGCUCCAUUUGAGGCUAUUAAGGUUCGGAUGCAGACGUCUCCAACAGCUCCAUGUUCGAUGAUGAAGUGUGCCCCAAUGAUCUAUAAAUCGGAGGGUGUCUACGGGUUCAUCAAGGGUCUUCCUCCACUCUGGACACGGCAGAUUCCAUACACUACAGUGAAGUUCGUGUGCUUCGAAAGAAUCAUGGAGUUGAUGUAUGAGCACGUUGUUCCGAAACCGAGAAGUCAGUGCUCGAAACCCGAGCAGCUAUUGGUUACGUUCUCCGCUGGAUACCUCGCAGGCAUUCUCUGCGCUGUGGCCUCUCAUCCUCCAGAUACUGUGGUUUCAAAGCUCAAUCAGAAAUCUGAAGCGACAUUGACAAGCAUGGUGAAGGAGUUGGGAUGGAAAGGAAUGUGGGCUGGACUUGGAGCAAGAAUAAUUAUGAUCGGAACUAUAACUGCAAUGCAAUGGCUCAUCUACGACUCUUUCAAGGUGAUUAUGCAUAUUCCACGACCGGACCCAGCUAAAAUGCCAGAAUCAUUGAAAGAGAAACUGCGACUCCAAGGAAAAUUGUGA